AACGAUAAAGAUAAUCGAUACGGAAUUGUGUAAAAAAAAGGAAAAGUCGAUUUUGGUGUCGAUGUAACGAGAUAACGUUAUAACGUUUGGACCGACUUACAUGAAAGUGUGCAUCUUCUGAUUUCGUAAUUCCGUGACAGCGGGGAAACAGAUGGGCGAAGAUAUGUGGAGACUUUGGUUCACGAAAUUGUUGAUGCUGGCGGUGAUAUUGCUCUUCGUUGUUGUGGAAACACGACCUGAGGAUAAUGGAUCGUUAACAGAAGUCAGACCAGCUAGGAUAGAAAGAGAUCUGCAAGGUGUAACCACGGUUCUCCUAGUCUCGGCACGACCUGGCAAAUCCAUUCCUCCGGUCGGUUUGUUAACGAAAACCGCGCGAACUUUCGUCCAAGAUGGCGCCAGUACGGAAUUCGCCACUCAGAUACUCGGUACCACAUUGGAUAAUGGUCGUGUAUAUGCCAAAAUAUUGGCCACGUCUAGUAGGGUAUUCUAUGACAAAGAAUCUACGCCAGAUUCCCCUACGCCAUAUGUAGUUUAUCCUUCGAGAACUACCGAUGACGAUUGGCAACUCAAGAUGGCCCUUGAUAACGCACCCAUUAAAGCUUUAAAGGAUAUCGAAAAUUCUGGGUUAGAAGAAGAUUCUGAUAGUCAGAGUGGGGAAAAAAAGUCUUCGAUGAAGUUGGAUGAAUUAUCUAGAGAGAAUGAUAUAUUUAGUACAAGAGAAAUGGGAUCAGAUUCACAGAGAUUUAAACCUGCGAAGAUCAGACCUGCUGACAAUCUUCUGACUUAUACAGUGACGCACGAAUAUGUAACCAAUAAUUUCGAUAAUCUCGAAGAGGAUCAGCCAACAAAUUUUAGAUCCAGAUUACCCAAAAUUUUCAAGCCUCAAGCCAAAGCUCCCGUGCAGAGGAAAUUGGACUUAAAACCUCUAGCAACCGUAACGUAUCAUGGAUUUGCCGAAUUCACCACUACCGUUGGUGAAACGGUUAUAGUUUUCUCACCAAGUACAUCACCAGCGCCUAUUGGUCGUCCAGCUACUACAAUUAAAGGUGAUGCGACUUUAAGACCUGACGAUGGAAUUGCGAUUGUAAAGAUCAGACCUACUAGCGUAAUUAUUGGUCAAGAAAAGACCAAACAACAUUCUGGACGUACGUUUAAUCCGCAUAGCGAAACGGGUGAUCCUCUAUUGGAUGCUAUCAACAGAGCCAAUAUUCAACCUAGUGUUACAGAAGAAUUCGAAGAAUCUUCAACGGCGUCCACGGAACCUCUUCUUCUGAUACCAGAUAUUGAAACUGAUUCAGUGAAGCCAACAGGACUUUUGAAAAUCUUAGAUUCUACUACUUCUCAGGAUGGUACCACUACUCAUUACAAGAGUCUGAUCUAUGGUACUUAUAUCGGUACGAAUUAUGCUCAAAUUAUCCAUACCUCAUCGAAUGUAUACUUUUUCCCUGAUGAAACCACUAUUUAUGAUACCGAGGAUACUACUAUGGAUUAUGGAACAACUGCUACUGAGUCUGAUGAAGAACAAGACACCACAUUGCAAAUGACAACAGGCACCACGCCGAGAAUAAUCACCACUAGUGAGGAAGUUCCACCAGAGAUGAAUGAAUUGACUACUCCAUUCAAAGAUACCACAGAUUCUGUAUUAACAACAUUGAAAGAUAUUCUGGAAAGCGCACGAAGAGUAGUGCUUGGUACCACAGAAUCGAUUGCUCCAAUCUUGGAUGAUGAGAUUCUUAACGAUAUAGUUCCUGGAGAUCCUCAGGGUCGUAGUAUCAAAGGUGGUAGCUCGAAGAACAAUCUUGAACAGGAUCACAAAAGACACGAGUUCAUCGAACAAGAAAAAAAAAUCUCUUUAGCUACUAGACUCCUUCCUUCCACAAUGUAUAAAACAUUUACCUAUUACACCACUUUUUUCAUUCCUAAUGGCGAUCAGACUACGACUUCUAUUCGUUCCAGAGAAGUUGUGUCUUCAGAUAUUACUUAUUUGACGGAGCUUAUUCUACCAAGUGAAACAAUAUCCAUUGUUCCUACGGCUGUUACUGAACCUAUAUUUACUAAAACCACUCCUGAUACGAAUCAAGCAAUUGAAGAGGAGCAGACUACUAAACAGGAUGAAGAGAUAGAAUUGAUCUUUAAGACUCUAUAUACCACAUAUACGUAUUUAACUACCUUCUUCCAAGAAAGUACUUCCAGCAUCUCCAGUCGUGAAGUCGUAGAAACGAAUGUGAUCACUCAGACUGUUGGUCCGAAUGGAGUGUCUGCGGUAGUUGCAGGAUUAUUUGAGAAAGAUGAAUCUACCUUAAUAUUGCCAACAAAAAUUUCGGACAGUGUUGUGUCUUCAACGACUCUUGAACGUGAGGAAGAGACUGAAAGAUAUCCAACAACUUUAGAACAAACAACAGAGGAUACUCUUACAACGUUGCAAGAACAAGAUAUCAUUACUGAUCAGAAUAUUCCAACAGAAUCGGGAAUAAUUAUUGAAAAAGAAGAAAUUGAAGACACAAAACAAACGAUUCCUGAAAUCGAACCCAGUCCAACUCCAAUUUUACCGACUGAAGAAGUGAGGAAACAGAUCAAGACUUAUUACACAACAUACACGUAUUAUACUACAAUAUUUGUUGACGACGAAACAGAAGUAGAAACAAGAACAGAAAUAUUCACCAAUGUAGUAACAGAAACUAUUCAGCCAACCGCUGUAAUGCCACUUGUCCAAGAAACUGAGAAACCAUCAAUAGAGGAGCCAGUCAAAAAACCUCCUCCAGAAAUCUUGGCAUAUUUGGAAGCUAUUCAAAGGCAAAAAUCGCAAGAAGAAGCAUUUCUUCUUGCCAAAAAAGUUCAACAACACGGGACCAUUAAUAACGAAGAGAGUACGACUAUAUCUGAGGCUAAAGCAGAGACUACAACAGAAUAUUCAAGUACUUUUGAAGAUCAACCAAUUACAGAAAAUUUAUUUCGAGGUUUCGAAGUAAAUGCACAAGUGACACCAAAUCCACCAGUCGAAGGAGAAAUUUUAGGAUCUAUGAUCACUGACGUGGUAUCAUCUUUCAGUUCUGGAGGAGGUACAGUAUUAGACGUGAUGGACAAGAGAAACGCAGUUCCAGAGGAUCAAGAACUCUCAGAAUCGAAUCAUCAUGACGUAGAGCCAGUACCAACACUUUUGCUUCAGACGAGUUACACUACCUUCACUUAUUUCACAACAAUGUACAAAGGUGAUGAAUCAAAUGUGGUGAGUCGACUAGAAACGGUUACCAAUGUAGUAACUGAAACUAUCAGGCCAACAGCAGUAGUACCCAUAGAGACGAGUACUUUACCAGUUACAUACUUCACAACAUUCACUUAUUGGACAACGUUCUACAAAGAUGGCGAUACCAUUACCACUAGUCGUGAAGAAACUGUCAGCAAUGUUAUUACUCCAGGAGUGUCACCUACUCCUACUGUGGAAUUAGGUGUAAUCAUAACUUAUAGACCAACGACGUUGUACAUUGAGGAUAGUAGUGAUAGUCUAAUCAAUGAAAAAGAAUCCAAAAUCACUGCUGAUAACGAAGUGACACCUUCAGCUGCUAUUUCUAUUGAAAAUUCCAAGGACGAAAAAUUAGGCACUAUAACUUCUAAAAACAUUGUUUCGUCAUCUUUCGAAAAUACUGUAGAAUCCACAACGAUUUCACCUGAACCUACUACAUAUUAUACUACUUAUACUUACUACACAACCUCCUAUAUUGGCAAUGAAACGAUUAUGAACAGCAGACUGGAGACUGUCACAAGUGUCUCCAUACCUGAAGUUAUUGUCACCCAACAACAGGCAACCGGCAGAGCAAUUGAUGGACCAGUAUUCAAACAAACUAUAGCAACUGAAGAGAAAUCAAUUACACUCUCAAAAACUAGCGAACUUCCAAAGAUUGGAUUAAUCUCAACGAUCAGAUCUAGCCAAGUUAACGAUGGUACUAUCACUCAUUAUAUGACGGACAUUCAUGGCACAUAUAUCGAUGGAUUAUACGCUCAAAUUGUGGAAAGUUCAACAAAAAUAGAGACACCACCUUUACCAUCGUCUGUAGCCACUCCAGUCUUGCCAACAGGUAUUUUAUCGAUGAAUAAAGGUACCGUGAUAGAUGCUGAUGAAAUCACUACGAUUUACUUUACCACAAAACAAAUUGGAACAUUAUUAGAUAGUCUAUAUGCAAAAGUCAUCGAAAGUACUUCGAGUACAAAAAUAAACGAGGAGAGAAAAGCAACUAUUUUACCUACUCAUGGUCAUAAAACCGGUUUGGUAAGAUUAAUUCAAGGACAGAUCGAAAAUAAUGGAACUACCACAUUCUAUCAAUCAAAAGUGAUUGGAACCAGUAUUGAGGGUAGAUACGCUCAGAUCAUAGAAAGUACUUCUAGUUUCUUUUCUGCUACUCCAACAAAAAAUAUUUCACCUACUUCGACCUUAUUACCUACCAAGCCUACUGAGAUCCCGGAGAUCUCACCUUCGCCUGCAGUGAUUCAAUCUUCUUUAUCAGAAGAACAUAUAACAGAAUCUCCAGAUCAAGACGAAGAUUCAGAACAGAACGAGGAAAGUGAAGAAGAAGAUGAAGAAGGGGAAGAUGGACAGAGUUCUAAGAAAAAGUCCAGACUGACCUUUUCUACUAGAAAAAGAACGUUCACUCCGGUAAUCAGACCAUUUGCAUCUAGAAACAGACCUACGUUCAAUCCGAAACGGAAAGGUGCUCAAGGUGCAACAACUAUUACUAGAACAGACAUAACACCUACGAUAACCGCAACAUUAGCUGGAAAAGGAAAUAGAUUCGCUUCAUCUAGAGGUCGAGUUAGUUCUCCGAUAGGUCCAUAUUCCUCUACUUUGUCUCCAUCAGGUUCUAGAAGAUUUGCUGGAAGAAGAGGUUCUCCAAACACAGCUAGUUCAUACUCUUCGACCAUAAGCGGAAGUACCAGAGGUAGACCUCAGUCCAGAAUAUCUCCAUCCUCGGUCUUUCAAGGUAAUAGACGUGGAUCGACAUCCAUUAGAGGAUCAUCUGCUAGACCUGCAUCUCGUGGUUCGAGUUCUGCUUUUCCUGGAGCUUCCACCAGGUAUAGGUCACCGAUUAGACCGUCAUCUACUUUAUUAAGAGGUCAAUCAACGGUUAAACAUGAUGAUCAAGAGAACGAUGCUAACGAAUUCACAACGACUACUUUGAUUACUGAGGAAACUCCUUAUACCGAUGAUGCGGAAGAUGGUGAAACUAUGACAACGCCUCUGCAGACGACUACAGAAUCAUUGAGAAAAUCCACAAAUCCCUUAUUAAGAUUCCGUAGGCCAAUUGCUUUGAAUAAUUCUGGAAGAACUGGUACAACGCCUAAACCACCAACGACUACAAGAAGAAACGGAAAUUUGAAUAGACCAACUUCACCGACUAUUCCUAAGGUGACUAAUACUAAAACCAAUGGAAGAAACGCUCCAAUAUCGACGAGACCAAGGCAAAGUAAUACUGGAUUGUUUCCGCCUCGAGGCCUAUUUGGAAAAAAACAGGAAUUACCCGAAGAGCAGAUAGAGCCUAAUGAGGAUUUGGAAACUGAAGGGGAAGAGAAUUUCGAAGAUGAGCCUGUGGAGGAAAUAGUUGAUAACGAUUACGAAGGUUCUGAACAUGAAGACAGAAUCAAUCGUCGUUCUGGCAAAUCCAUUAGACCCACUGUACAAAUCAGACCGUUCAUUAGACGAAGAAUACGUCGACAGGCAAGUCAAUUAAGAUCAUUGACUAAUAGAUUUAGAAGGCCAACUCAAUCAAAUUUGAAGUCUGAAGAAAAAUCAGACGUGAGCGAAAACGUAUCCAGCAAAGAAGAAAUUUCAAAGUCUAAUUCCAAGCCUAUUGCUCGUUACAAUAAUCGUGGAAGAUCUCUAACAGUAUCCAGGUCUCCAACGAAGUCAUCCAACAAUCCUGAGAAAACAUCAGCAGAGUCUGCAGAAUUAAAUCAAAACAAGUCUAGGAAUAGAUCGAAACAGGGGAGUAACGGUGACAGAAGCGCUUCCUCCAGGAUAAAACCGACAUCAACUUCUAGCAAUGGUAGACAGUUUACGCUAAGAGAGAAAGACGGAACUUCUUCUAGCAGAUCGAAUUACAAAAGACCCAAUUCAUCUAUGUCUAGAUCGAAUGGAAGAUCCAACAACAAUAAUGUAAGGCCUCCACGAUUGCGAAAUGGUUCGAAUAAAUCCUCAGAAUCAACUAGUACGAGACGCGUACCUCCUUCUAGUCGCAGUUCUUCGAGAACUCCCAAUAGAAACAGUAAUAGAAGAGGUUCUUCCAGUAGAACAAGAGGAUCUCUGGAAGAUAUCAGAGAAGCGCCCACCGUGUAUCCAGACUUUGACGGUACCAUUACGGUCACCCAUUACGUGCCCACUGAAGUCACAAUCCCUGUGGUCAACAAUGGUAUUACAGAACAUAGGAAUAUCAUUACCGCGCAACCUAGUACCGAAGUCCUAAGUCCAUCUCAAUACAGUACAGUGACAGGUAGAGACGGCAAACCAUUAAUGGUGAUUGUUAGUGAGAUAACCGGUACAAAUCCUCAAGGUCAGACCGAGAUAACCCGAUUUUUGCUUCAUGAGACGCCGACCACUCGUGUCUCCUACACAUUGACCACCCUAGGUGGUCGAAGGGCCUCACAAUCAGUAAUUGUGCCCUCGACCGUCUAUUCCGUAGAAAAUGUGGUAUCCACGGUACAACCUACUCUUCCUGGAAACGCUCCUCUAGCAAACAUUCUUCUAUCGCAAUUACUUCUCGGUCAGUUAGGCCAGGCGAAUCCCUUACUUCAACCCCAAGGUACACCAUCCACACAAUACAAUACUCGUACUACCUCGUAUGUGACUACCAUUACCAAACAACAGAGUACUGUGAUCCCGCUCACUUUUCGUGGCAAGGAAAUCCUUACGACUCUGGUGGACACUUCGACGGACAUAGUGACUGCGACAGAAUUCAUCACAGAUACGGUAGUGGUCACACCUACAGCGGCUUUGCCAGCUGCGAAUUUGAAUUCGUUGUUAUUGUUGCUCCAGCAGCCCCAGCCCCAGAAAAACACGAAUCCUCUAUUGGACCCUCUGUUCGCUGCCCCUCCAUUCACCCAGAGCAACACUUUGCCCGGUGAAGUCGAGAGAAGACAUCAGCCAGCUGAUUCAGAUUACAAACACGAUAGUUAUGAAUAUUCUGACGAGGAGGAAGAUAUUCAAGAGUAUCAAAAGUCGUCCAGAACGAGGAAUAGUCGGGGCAAAUCAAACGAUAGAAAAGAGGAUAGCGCACCUAGGGAAGAGUCCAGUGUGGUGACGUUGUACGUAUCCGGUAGAAGGCCAGGGGAGUUCAGCACUGUUUUGAGCACCGUGAAAGUAACCGAUACAGCCAGCUCAUCCCGAAAACGACGAGAUACUAGCAAUGAUUUGAUCGUCGAAGUACGACCAUCUAUCCCGCCCUCGUUGCACGAAGGAUCGGAGGAGAUCACCGUCCUGGCGGGGAGCGAGGACUCGCAGGACACACACGCGCCGACACAGAGUCUCGAGAGCGUAGUGGAAAACGUCAUCUUUUCAGAUGACUUCUACUCCGACAAUUACUACCUAUUAACGAGCGACGUCGAUAGCAAACGCAUAUGGUUGCCUGAAGAGAAUUCUAGGACUAUGACUUCAUUUGACGAGGACUAUCUCGAAGAAACGCCCAGAAAACGCGUGAGAAUUCGCGUUCCUGUCGUUAGAAAAAAUGGAAGACAGCAUAAAUUAACGGUUGUCAGACGGAGACCUAUUACCUCCAAAGUGGAAGAACCUCCAUUGACUGUGACUAGUCAUAUCCCGAGAAGAAUAGUGGUGACACGAGUGAGGACUUUGGGAUUGAUUAAUUCCAUUUACAGCGAUUUGGAGACUGAUAGUUUCAAGCCGGAAAUUGGAAAGCACAAAGUGACCAUCACCAGACGUAGGAAAAUUGGAUCGACUAUAGUUACGCCUACUAGUACUGAAAAGAGAGUCAGGAUUACUAGGAGGAAGUUGAUUGCUGUUAGACCGGUACAACCUACACCUAGUAGUUUCGCAAUUAUCACGACUGGAUUCUUCACUGCCCCAUCGUCUGAAUACGAUGAAGAAUAUUUCGAGGAAGAUAAUAACGAGGAAAUGGAGAACAAGGAGGAUGUUACUUCUACAGUCACGCCUGAAUUGAAGGAACCGCCUAAUGUCAUCGAUAGUAAACCUGACGAGAUUGAGAUUGAAAGUAAAACAGAAGAGAUUGAGCCGAAAGUUAUCGAUGAAAGUAUUAUAUGUUCAUCGGUUAUUAUCACUGAUAAUUUCUUCUUUCCUCCAUCUGAUGAUGAAGAUGAAGAUGAAUAUGAAGAAGAAUAUAUGGAUACGACAAGUGAGGAGGAAAAUGCAAAUGAAGAAAUUUCAAUGACUAAAUCGACAAAAGACGAAGAUGGAAAUGUUUCAAAUAGAGAGGACACAUUAAUCCAAUUUACGACUCCUGAUCUGUCCAAGAAAAAAGAAACUGCGUUGGAAAAAUCUGAAGAAACGUCAUAUAAUGUUGCUGAUCAUGAAACGAGUACGAUAUCUGUUGAUUCGAAACAAGAAGAGAAGUCUGAAGAAGUUUUGACGACUGUAAAACCGACAAAAGAUGAAGAAUUAAUAACCACAACACAAGAAAGUUUUGAAGAGACAUUGGAAGAAAAUGUUCCAACGACCACUUAUUCUGAUAUUAAAGAAGACGAUAAGAAAGAAGAUGAAAAAGAAAAAGAACAUGCAACGACAGUGGAGACGAUAGAAACCACAGUACCAGUUGAGGAAACUACAGUAAUCAUUGUUCCUGAAGAAAAAACAGAAACUGUAAUAGUUUCUGAUAGAGAAACUACAACAAUUGCUGAGGAAGAAGAAAAAAUUAAUAACACCGAACAUCCUAUAUCAUCUACUGAAACUAGUUUUCAAGAUUCUUCAUCAGAAAAUAAAGAGUCACAGAAAAAAGAUAUCGAAUUCCAAGUUACAACUAUUGCAAUUAAUUUUGAAGAUACUUCAUCUAAAAAUCGUGAAGAUUCUCUUGAAAAAUAUCUAGAACCCAAUACUACAUUAAUUGAAAUUGAUGAUUCGGAAAAGAAAUCUUUAUUUAAAAACAUAGAAGAUUCCCUCAAAAAAGACAUCGAAUCUCAUGUUACGGUAACUCAAAUCGAAUCCAAAGAUUUUUCCCAAAUUGAUACUGAAGAUUACCAGGAAAAGGAUAUAAAAACUCAAAUCACAAAAGUUCAAAUAGAACCCGAAACCUUAAAAGAACCUACCGAAGUUCCCAAUAAAGAGACUCAAUCUCUCUCAAUCGAUAAUCACCCUAUUAUAAUAACUAUUUCGAGUUCUAAAUUAGAAACUGAAAGAUUCUUUCCAGAUACGAUAGAUUUCAUCCUUAAACAGAUGUCACAAACUACAAUAAAAUCUGAAGAGAAAGAAGAUAAUCUGACAAUACAACCCAUAGAACCAAUUACAGAAUUCAUUUCUUCGACAUUUUUCGUUGACGUAUCUCCCAGUUUCGCAAGUGUCCUACCUUUAGAAACAUCCCAAUCAUUCGACUCCAAUAUUCUUAGCUACUUGGAUGACUCCGAAAUCCCAAGCGUGAUCCCCCUUGGUGUCGAGUAUAUGUCUGAUUCAAAGAGUACUUCCGUGAUACUCGAGGCAACACCUAGCAUUGAGACUACAAUGACGACAUCUAUUUCUUCGCCGACCCCCGAGGAAAUCGAGGCAGGAUUAGCAGACGACUUAUAUUUAUCCCUGUCGAGGCCAGACUUUCCCGAGAUUCUGCCGUCGAAACCGAUGCACGUGGAGCACGAGACCAGAUCCGAAAUCCCGGAUUUAGAACCGAGUACGAGCGUUUACUAUACCGAGACAGUGGUUACAUCGACACGACUGAGAACAUAUACUUAUGUGGUGACGCAACUAAACGGACUGGAGACGAAAGUGACAUCCUCGACGACUGUCCGACCGAGAGUGACGACAUUGACAGUGCCCAUCACGGUAACCGUCACUCCUACCGUGGAGUCGUCAGCGUACUCAGUUUCGUCUGUGUAUAGCCCGGUGACCGUUGCUGGAGAACAAGAAGGGAAAGAUGAAGAAGGUCGAAGAUUUAACUUGGCAACUCGUAUCAUGUCGAAUGGAGUUGAAGUGAUUGUGGCAGGACCAACACCAGCUCUACGAUGGGAAAACUCGAUUCCUCAGCCUACGCUGACAUUGUCUGACGCGGUUGUAAUGAUGCUUCCACAAGAUAAACCGAAUGAAUUUGUCACAAAGACAUGCACAACUACCUUCACGUAUCUUACAACCAUUACGAAGGAUGGAACGACUAUCGUGUCGACGGAGCAACAGGUAAUAGCAAACACGGCAACUGAAGAACGUCACAGGAAGCCUGGAUCAGAAACUGCAGCGGUAACAUUAGAAGCGUCUCCAACAUUACGCACAGAAGUGUUCAAAACCACUUACACCUAUCUAACACUAAACACUGAUCAUUCGGAUAUAAACGAUGCUUUGGAAAGCAGUACUAAAGUAAUUACAAAUACAGUUACUGCUCCUCAACAUUAUCUGGACAUGAUUCUCGAGCCAUCGGAAGCGCCACGACCGGAAACAAACACAUAUCUCAGCACCAGGAUGCUGGAAAAGACUUUCAUGGAGGAUGGACGUACUAAAAUAAAAACUACCAGUGAUACUAUUACUCAGCUCAUAGUAACAGAAUCUGCACCACCUCCUCGUCCAACCAGUGUCACGACCACGUUAACAGCGUUAGAUAGUAUAGAGGAAAACAUGACAGACGUCAUGAAGACUUAUUACAUUACCUAUACUUAUUACAAUACCUUCCUGGAGAAAGGGAGCACAGUGGUUCGCACGAACGUGGCGACGUCGACUGAUGUUGUGUUGGAGAAAGUGCCUGUCAAGAAAACCACAAAGACAGCCAUGGUGAAUUCUACUCCGGAACCUAUUCAAAUCUUUGCCACGAAGACGUAUCUAACCACGUUUACCUACUUUACGACAUUACUUCAGGCGGGACCAGAUGGAGAGACUUCCACAACAGUCUCUUCGAGAUCACACAUUGUAGAAAACGUGGUAACAGAAUCGAUAGCACCCAGUUUAUUAGAUGCUGGUUACAUGAACGCUUUACUAACAACUGCACAUCAUUCUGAUCCUGUGAAAAACGUGAUCACUGGUUCGACGAUCAUUUUUUUCGAUGAGGAGGACCAGAUUGAUCCUACUACUAGCACCAACUUCCCGGAAACUACCUCUUCGGUAGAAGUGCAGAAAGAUGAAACGAUUUCGUCUAGCUUCGUAUCUACUGAACCAUCUCCGGUUAUUAACGAACCAAAUCUGAAACCUACUGAACAAAUUAAUCAGGAAAGCAAUGUAACAGUUUCCGCAGAAUCUGAGCAAAACAAAAAGCCUGUCAAUCAAAACACGAGUGAUCUUCAAGUGAGCAAUCUUCUGAGCUUAGGCUCGUUGGGAAUCAAUAGUUUGUCGGCUUUGGGACCAGUGAUUACUGCAAUGGCUGGCCUACUUCAGGGUAAAACCACAGCAACACGAAGGAAUGAUUCGAUACCACAGAUGGAAACGCAGGAAGUCACUACGCAAAGAUCACCUAUUUACAUACCUGUCGCUGAGUUCGCUGAUGGAGACAUUGAAGCUGCUGAAAGUCAAAAUAUAGGUACACAUCUGGCAAAUCUCAACCACAAUUACAUCGCAGAGACACGUCAUAAAGUUGCAUCUAGUCUGGCAGAUGGAAUUCCAAUUUCUCCAGGCGAAGUAAUUACCGCGAAUAGCGACGUAAUCAUCGGUAAACCAGGAAAAAUGGCACCAAGACCGCCUCAAACAUUCUUAGAGGACGAAGAGAACAUAGGAAUGAAACCACCACCGUUACCAGUUCCCAACAUUUCAGUCCAUCCUGUUCUCGAAGUCCUGGAGAACAAUCGGGAUAAUCAGCCUCAGCAAACCCUUCAGAGUCACAAAGGUCCACAGAUAAAAAUUUAUCCUGCACAUCAGAUUUACGAAGAACACUUGAAGAUACCUAUUUCUAUGCCUAUCGAUACGAAUCCUACAUUGAAACAACCUCAAAAGUUGCUCCCAGUUCAACCGACUCCCCCAAAGAGGAUUGGUUCAAAACAAGAUAUGUUAGAGAACGAUCCUUUGUUGAAGCCACCCGAUAGACCUAACGUGGAACAGUAUGCGAAUCCGAAUACGAAUCUAAAGGAACCGGAAUGGAGUCUUGAUAAGACAAGGAGACCUUGGAAUGCUAAGGAUCCUCUGAAGCUUCCUCCAUCCCAUCCUCAGUUUGAUCAGAAAAUCAAUUUGGGAAAGCCAUCGAUAGAUAAACUUUGGCCAACCGUUCCAUCCGAAGAACAAAAGCGACUACCAUGGGCCCAGAAAGACCCUUUGCUUCCUGAAACUCCAAUUGUCAUUCAAACUUCGGAAUCCAAACCAACACCAGCAGAGCCCAUAGUUCAUCAAGUACCACACGUCAUCGAUAGAUCAACGGGGCAACCUUUGUUGGUUAAUAUCCAACCCAGUCAGGUGGCCAAUGUGGUAAUUCCUCAAGGUGGCACUCAAGCAUUAAUAUUCGGUGACACGAACGAACCUCAUAUCAGUGGACAAUAUUUCGACGAUCCAUCACCCUAUCCUGAAUCAGAAGUUGGUUUGGGUUUCCUUGGAAUUCAAAGGGUAGAAGAUCUAUCCCAAUAUACUAAUGGAAAGGAUCCAGCAGAUUAUAUGGUACCACCAUCGCCACCACUCAACUUCAAGACUUUAUCCGAGAAACAUCCUUCCAAUCGUCCAGCAACCAUUUCUUUAUCACCAGCUCAUUUCGAUUAUGAGAGACCGCAAGAUAAAUUAGAAGUAUCCUUGAUCAGGCCAGAAAAGAAGCCAUCCGACGUGCAUUUGAUCAAACAUCCCGACAACUCGGGUAUCCUUGGUGGCCAAGGUCACGUGCACACAGAAAUUCUGGUUCAUCACAGACCGGAAACCGUGAACGUUCGACCUCAAAACAUUCCUCAUCCUGCUAUCCAUCCUCACGUACAUUCAAACAAUCAUUUACCGCUACGAGGACAAUAUUCAAAAAUUCCAAAACCUGUAGAGCUCGGAACGCCGCCUCGAAGAACGGAAAUAUCAAAUCCAUCAGACAAUUCACAUCGAUACAUUUUGUUGGCUAAGCCAGACUCAGGAAACGAAAUCAUCUUGAAUUCCAAUUGGAAGUCGGACAAGAAACCACCGAGAAUUCUGAUGAAUAAUAGGUUGAGACCACGUCUACCGUUGAGAUCGACAACCAGUCGUCCUCCUCUGGAUAGACCGAUUUACCCGGAAAGGCCUGGCAGCAGGAAACCAGUUUAUAGCGGACCUCAGAGGCUUCCGACGAAGGCACAGAACGCGAACACAUUUGUGCUUCCUCAUCGUCCUAUCACCAAUUCUCAAAUUCAUCAUGAACCAUCUAGAAUGACAACUUCCAUACCUGGAGAAUUGAUAAGGGAUGUGGUGACUGAGAGGCAACCUUCGUUUGGGGCUCGUCCUCAGCAGACAGAUCUUCAAAAUAGGCCAUCCCACUUCUAUCCUGAAAAGAGACCAACGAGCAUAGAGCAGAUGAAGCCACAAACCGAAAGAACAGAGGAAUACGUGCCCACUGGAGCGAUUGAGUAUCACAAUCCUUUGAAUCUCAAGAUAAAGCAAAAUGAUGGAUCAGUUAUAUCAAGCAUUCAAACGCAGAAUUUCAAUCAGGCUUCACCUAAUCAGGAUGUCAAGUCUGAGAACCAAGAAACCUGGUACAGUGGUACGGAGAAGACAUUGGAUUCAGAAAGUGGUGCCUCUGAACCGGUCAAAUAUCAUAAUCAGGUGAAAAAAAUUGAAAAAUACGAUAAAACGAAAGAUGAUACGUCUUUGAUUAACGAUCACAGUAACGAUACAUCAUCAAACAAGAAUUCUUAUGUAGCCUCUGAUAAUACGAUGAUAGGAAAAGUUGGUGAAAUUGAUUCUCAGCAAAAUCAAAAGGAAAAACCUAUUUGGAUUAAUUCAGGAGUUCCAUUUGCGCAUAAAAACGAAGGCGUAUCGAUUCAAACACAGUAUAGACCUAAUUACUAUAAUGCCAAACUUCAUGAAAUGCCAAUAGUUCAAGGAAAACCAUUUAGUGUGUAUACUGGACACGAAGAGUCAAAUUAUGAUUACAAAUGGAAAGAAACAUCUGAAUACGAUAUAGUUCAGGGUGUACCAUCGACAUACUAUGGAAAUAAAAUGCUGCAAAUCAACUACAAGAAUGAACAAACGUCUACUCCAUCUAAUCGUGAACAUGAGGAUACUAUAGAUCUAAAGCCACCAGCAAUCAUUCCGCAAUUCGUUCCCGAAUUGGACAAACCUAACAAAUCAUAUCCACGACCUAUUAUAAAUAAAGUGGAAACCAGACCUGUGUUGUAUUCCAGACCAGAGAUCAUCAGUCAAACCUCAGAAGUUAGACCAGAUUAUGUGAAUCGGCCUAAUGAAAGUAAACCAGAUACCUCAGAACAACAAUUUGGGAAUAACAGUUUGAGCUAUUCAGGAAAAUUAAAUCAGAGCUACUUUCAAUUAGGUGGUUUUAUGGAUUUUAAUUGGGAGAAUGAAAUGAAAACAGGUGAUAAAAGAGAAGAGAUUUUGGUCAACAGAAGCGAAAUUAUGAAGAAUCAUUAUAGAAACAACUCCAUUUCUUAUCAAAUGGAAAGUCAGUAUUCUCAGACGAACAUUAAUCCUGUCAAAUUAGAAAAGAAUCAUGCUGUGAUAAUUCAACAGGAUUAUAGUUCAGCAACUAAAAUUCAUCCAGAGUAUCCUCAUAUAGUUACCAAACCUAAACCUCAAGUACCUAACCCAAUCACUAUUUCAACAGCUAAUAACAAAUCUGACACUCGACCAAACAUUAGAUUCUCCCUGCCUGUGGAGGCAAUUGGCGAAGAAGUGGAUAGUAAAACGCAAACUGAACGACCGCCAAGCAUGCUGAUCACAACGAAUAAUUCGAGUGACAAAAAAAAGAAUAUAGAGAAGAUAGAUACUUCCUAUCACACGAAUUUUGCAACCCAAGAUGCAAACAAAGAUGAUUCCAUAAAUCAUGAAAACAAGAUUCGAAUAAGGCCUAUUGAAAUGUCCACUGGAGACAUAUUGACUAAUAUGGAAGAAAUGAACGUACCUUCUAGAGACAUGAUGCCCCCACCAUUAAGACCUGUGAUUGGCCUCAAUCAAUCAAAUAAAAACGAAGAGGAAGAUUUAAAACCACCACCCAUACCUUCGAGAGAUGUUGUCGGUUUGUCACCUCCACCGGUUGAUAUUACUACAACAAAUAAUCCUACGGAAGAUAAGUUCUCAUUCGUUAUUGCUAAUGAAUCUGGGUUGAAGCCUCCUCCUAAAUAUAUUCCUCUGAAGGAAUCUUCUGUUGCACCUUUGCCCAGUAUUAGCAUGGUUCCUCCUAGCCCAAGACCAUCUCUUACUAGGCCUUUCAUCGUGGAAUUGUUGUCUCAGGACAUGAUACCUCCACCACCAGUAACUCAGACAACGAGACCACUCGAAAUAGCCACCGUGAGACCAGCGGUAGCGGUAUCUGGAUCGAUUCAAAUCGCGACAGCUGUCGCAACAUCUCACAUACCAGUGGUCCAAGAUAUCGAAUCGAAGAUACCUAUCAUACACGGCACUGUUGAUCUUCCAGUAGUCAUAGACGUGCCUGAAAUACUUAGACCAAUUGAAACUAGAAAGACGGAGCAUGUUAGCAUAUACACAGUGCGACCAUUCAACACCAGACCUGUAUCUAGAAUAUCAGUGCAACCAACAGCGAUGUUAACCACGAAUUUAGUAAUCCCAACGAAGCUAAGACCAGUCCAAAUGGAUCACAUUCAACCAAACAAAUCGUCUUCUACUAGAGAGGUGGAACCAACUCGAUCUCACAAUAUCGAUAUUCCACGAAAUCCAGUGAAACGAGUAGAACAUCCAGUAUUUUUGGAGUCUAGUUACGAUAUCGUUUUACCAUCAUCGAAGGUGGAAGCUACGGAGAGUUUGAUUCAUGUGAUAAGCACGAGUCAGAAAAAAGAGUCGCAAUCCACUAUGACGAAGAACGAAGUUUCGAAGGUAAUCGUUUCACCAGUGACGGAAAUUAAACGAAAGAACGAGACAGUUUUGAAAAAAUUGCCAAGUGUGGUCACCAGGGUCGACAGCUCGAUAACAAAAGUGACGAACACGUUGUUCGAAAACAUCAACAGAAGAAACGAAUCGAUGAUCAACAUGACAAAGAGUGUCAGCAAUAUACGAAAAGUUGCUAAUGAAACAACAACGACUAUGCGUAUGAAGCCUAAAGAGGUAACACGAUUCCAGACAUCAACGGUAACGAGAACGGAAACAUCUGUAUUGGGUUCACCACCUACAACUCGAACAUUACUACUUACCCACACGUUGACAUCAACCACAGUGGAAACGGUGACAGAAACGUUAUUACGUCCAACUAGCGUCGUUUCUACAGUUACAUCAACGAUUUUGCAAUCGGUGGUGACUAGAAUACCAUCAUCCUACGAAAACGUUGUCGAUAAUGAUUCCAUCUUUGUAGUGAUGAGCGACCAGAAACCACCGGCACCUGGUGCUGAAGAGGUGGAAACUGAAUAUGGUGAUAUUUCAAGAGAUGAACAAGAUCCAGCUGGAAACGAAGUUCAUAGAGUUCUAGCUGGUGGAAUUCUUGGAGCACCAGUAGUAUCUCUUCAACCUAUCGUCAAUCAAUGUACUCCUGAAUGUAGAGCCUCUAGGGCUGAAAUAUGUGCGGAAGUUGGAACUGAAAUGAGAUGCAUUUGUCGACCAGGUUUUGCGAGAAUGUUCCCUGAUCGACCUUGUAAACCCACUUAUACCUACACAUUACGAGUUGGAUUGGAUCGAAUCGGACACGAGCCAGUGAUUUACGAAGUCAGCAUGAAUGAUUCGACGUCAACAGCUUUUAGAAAAUUACUAGGCCCUACUAAAGACGCUUUAGACAGGACUCUAAUGCAGAGUGAUCUUAGAGACAUCUAUAGGGGAUUGAAGAUAGCUGGUUUCACACCUGAUCCAACGAAAGUAGAAUUCCACGUUCAACUCAGUGAUAAUGCUAAUGAAACGAGAUUGAAGGAAGUACUUCGAAAAUAUCUGAUUGGAAGUAACUAUAGUUUAGGAGGCACUGAAGUCUUUGCUUCGAAAAAUCUUGACAUAAUUGAAGCAAUCGAUUUUAAUGAAUGCAUAGCGGAAAAUGGAGGACCUCAUCAUGAUUGUUCGCCAAAUGCAGCCUGUUUCAAUCUACGAGGUUCUUAUCAAUGUUCUUGCAAAGAAGGUUGGGCAGAUUUGUCUGAGAAUCCUGCAUAUCCUGGAAGAUUUUGCUCUCAGGCGCCAUUAGGUUGUCCUAGUUGUAACAACAAAGGGCAUUGCGUGAUGAAUACUAAUGGUCAAGAAGUCUGCGAGUGCUUCCCUUGGCAUAGUGGUCAGCGAUGUCAGGUUAAUCUCAAAGUGUUAUUGAUAGCUCUGGUUACGACCGGUGCAAUAUUACUAGGCCUUUUGGCGGUAUGCGUCGGCAUGGCGUGUUUUCGUCAACCAAGUCAGAGACGAAGAACUGGCGACAGAAGGGCCAUGAUUCCUGGAACAGGCGGGGAUACCAGUAGCGAGGGUAGCGUGACGGAUCUAGCAAUUCCACACCACGUGCCGCAUGUUCUGCCACCACCCCCACAGAUGAUUGCACCCUUGCCACCGACCAAAAGACCUGCUCGAAAGAUCAGCACGAAACCUAGACAUCUGCCGAGAAAGGCUACCAUGGUACCUGCAUCAGUGCCAGUGAACGAUGAACAAAGAGAUCGUUCGUUGACAGUGAUGAUCCCUCGUGCCAAAUAUCGAUCGGCGCCCCAAUCUCCGCAGAAUUACAAGUCCGGGUUAAGUACGUUUUCGACAGAAGAACACAAGCUGCUCAACUAUCUCGAGAACGGCAUGCAUAACACCGGAAACAGAAAGCAAAGUGUAUCCAGCGCGAAGGAUUGCAAGGAGGCUGAUGUACAAAUCGUCAGAGCGCCAGCUGCACCAACUGGAGCUCUUGUUAGCGCUGGUUUCCAGGUGUCCGCGACGGUAACUCGUCAAAUGGACACCGAUUCAACGUUAGCUCGUUCCUGCGGCGAAACUACGGUAGAAACAGCAACGAAAGUGUUGCGAACCGGGGAUCUCCAAGGUGACUUGUGCUCUACGUUGACUCGUUCCUGUGGCGAGACAACCAUCCAAGCACCGACGAAGCUGUUGAGGCUCGAUUUAGGCGAAGCUGGUUCGACUCUGGCCAGAUCCUGCGGUGAAACGACGAUUCAACCGUUGACGAAAGUCGCAGAUACUAAAAGGAAUAGCGUUAAGGAUGCCAGAGAUAACAGAGACACAAGAGACAGUGCCAGCGAAGGACACACAAUGGCCGAGAGGGAUCUGGGAAGCACGCUGAGACUUCCGGCGCAACAUCCGCCUCUUUAUAGCCCGGACAGGACCAGCGAUCGAGAAUCAAACUUUGACUCUCUCUAGACACCUUAUGCAAUUAAUAAAGGAAAUCCGACGGAGGAUUGUGGAUGUAACCGCUGGCCGGCUUCCACAAGUUCGCUAACCGAGCAAGUAAAAUAAAAAGAAAAAUCUUUUUCAUCGACGCAACUGAAUCGAAGAAUCUUACAACUUUUAAACAAAUUAUCCUGACAAAUAAUCCAAACAAAUGAAUCAGGAACUUUAUAUCUUUAAUUAUUCUCUCAUUGAGAAACUUUAAUCGUCUAUUUUAUUAAAUUAAAACGAUAUUUAUUCAAAGG